UCUUUCUUCCUUCCUUGCUCGUCUUGCCUCCUCUUCCUGCGCCCUGAUCGAUCGCUGCUCGCCCAAGCUCCGACUCCGAGUCAACAAUUUCGCCUCUCCGCCCAGCCACAGGGAACCCAGCGCGAGCCAUGACGGGGACCGGCGGCGGCGACGAGCACUACUCGCGGCUGAUCCGCGAGCUCUGCGCGCUGCUCCUCACGGUCGUCUCCCCCUCGCCGGCGCCGGGGCCGGCGGGCCGGGUGUCGCCGGCCGCGGCGGCGUCCAUGCUCCUCGGCGCGUCGGUGGCGCUCAUGCUCUGCGGGUCCGUCACGUUCGCCAUCGGCUUCCUCCUCAUGCCCUGGGUCGCCGGCCUCGCGCUGCUCUUCGGCUUCGCCGGCGCCGUCUCCAACCUCUCCUCGGGGUUCUUCUUCGGCAAGCCCGCGCCGCUCCCCUGCAAGGACGCGCCGCGGGGGCGGAUCUGCUCCCCGAUCGACUCCGAUCUGCUCGUAGGCUCGUAGCGUAGCUCGAUCAGCAGCAGCAGCAGCGUAGAUUUGAGUUCUUUCUUCCUGAAUUAUUACUAGGAUACAUACGGAUCUUCCCUUUUGUUGUAUGCUCUCGCAAGUCAUUCCCCGAGGAGGUGUUUGCUUGUGGAUUAAUGAAACGUCACGAUAAUUAAGUGAUUGUUCAACACUC